CCUGUCGACAAUGUUCGGUCGAUCCGUCGCUCCCUACAUAAUGAAUACUAAGUGCCUGGCGCCGCAUCGGAUCGCGCUCUUAGUGCAGCCAAGAAGACAGCUCUCUGUCUCAUCGAUAUAAUACCGUUGAUCGCCAUCGGUUUUAUCCAGCUUUCUCGAGGGAAAGUUCACAGCAUCAGCGCCGCCUAAUCUCUACCCAACAUGCAUCUAUUCGGGAGUUCGAUCGUAUUAUGGGCCUGUGCUGCCUGGAUGAGCCAGUCGGUAUUAGCCGGGCCAGUAUGGUGGAACACUAACCAUGCUGGUGGAAUACCAAUGCCAAUCGACUUUAGAAAGUAUCAACUUACAUAUCAAAAGAAUAUUAGGAGGUCCUUGGGGGUAGGCGGUUGUACGAACAGGAAUAUCGCCGUUCGAAAGUCAUGGGAUGAGAUUGAUGAUGUAACGAGAACGGAUUACAUCCGAGCUGUGCAUUGCCUUGCCGCGAAGCCACCAUUGAUGGAUAUGCAUCUGGCGCCCGGUGCCGUCAACAGACUCGAUGAUUUCACAUACAUCCACAUAAAUCAAACCAAUUUUAUCCACCAAUCAGGCUACCUAUUGCCAUGGCACCGCCUAUUCCUCUGGCAAAUCGAGAAAGCGCUUCGCGAAGAAUGCGGUUACAAGGGGACACUUCCGUACUGGGAUGUCCCGCGAUUCUCGGACGACCAGACCAAGUCUAAAAUCUUCGAUGGCUCCGCGACGAGCUUUGGAGGCAACGGCGCAUUUGUGCCUCACGGUCCGAAGAAAGUUAUCCUCCCCGGCUUAGCUAUCAGUAACUUCUCGCUACCGAAACCGGCCGGCACGGGAGGGGGUUGCAUCACGGACGGACCAUUCCAGAACUUCAAGAUUAGCUUAGGUCCUGUCGCAAAAGAAGUUAUUGACCCGGCGAAUAAAUUCGGAUACGAGCCGAACUCUCGGUGUCUGUCGCGUGACUUUCAUGAGGGUUCAAGCAAGGGCGUGUUAAACUGGGCCAAUGCAACGGCUAUCGUGGCAUCCAAUAAUAUCAAAGAGCUAAGGAAUAAUGUUGAGAAGCUAUGGCACCUCAACUCGCACACGUUCGUCGGUGCCGAGGCGGCGGACCCAUUCAGCACGCCUAAUGACCCAGUGUUUUAUCUGUUACACGCCCAGAUUGACCGCCUCUGGGCGAUAUGGCAAGGCCAGGAUUUAGAGCAAAGGACGUACGCUAUCGAUGGGAAUAGGACAUUCUUAGGCCUCGCGAUGGAUUAUGCUCCGACUGUGCCGCCAAGUCUAGCGACGAUCGAAGAUCCCAUGGAUAUGGGUCUAGGCUGGCACCCGAAGACGAAGGAGGGGAUGCAAAUGACGGCGGGUGGGAGGUGUUAUAUUUACGAGUAGAUCCAUCGUCAGAUUAUAUUUCCUUAUUCGUCCUAUACAUAAUGUUUAUUAGAUACCAAUCAGAUACACGAGACAUGAACUAUCCACACAACCCCAGAUUUAAGGUCAUUGGCAAUGGUAACACAAAGUCAUAUUUGAGAGUGAAGCGAAGCGCAUCUAGUCGCAAGGAUGUGG